AACUGGAUUUCAUCAUGUCUGGAAUCAAACGAACAAUCAAAGAAACUGACCCUGAUUAUGAAGAUGUGUCUGUGGCCCUUCCAAAUAAGCGGCAUAAAGCAAUUGAGAAUUCAGCUCGAGAUGCUGCUGUGCAGAAGAUUGAGACUAUUAUCAAGGAACAAUUUGCUCUUGAAAUGAAGAAUAAAGAACAUGAAAUUGAAGUCAUCGACCAGCGACUGAUUGAAGCAAGAAGGAUGAUGGAUAAACUUCGUGCCUGCAUUGUAGCAAACUACUAUGCUUCUGCAGGUCUUCUAAAAGUUUCUGAGGGAUCAAAGACAUGUGAUACAAUGGUUUUUAAUCAUCCUGCUAUCAAGAAAUUUUUGGAAUCACCGUCUAGGUCAUCAUCUCCUGCCAAUCAGAGAUCAGAAACACCAUCAGCCAACCAUUCAGAAAGUGAUUCUUUAUCUCAACACAAUGACUUCUUAUCUGACAAAGAUAAUAACAGCAAUAUGGAUAUAGAAGAAAGACUCUUAAACAACACGGAGCAGAGACCAAGCCGAAAUACUGGAAUGGAUACUUCUAGUGUUACUGGCUCCCAUAAAACAGAACAGCGGAAUGCUGAUCUCACUGGAGAUGAAACUUCACGACUUUUUGUAAAGAAAACGAUAGUUGUGGGCAAUGUGUCCAAGUAUAUACCUCCAGAUAAGAGGGAAGAAAAUGACCAGUCAACUCAUAAGUGGAUGGUAUAUGUCCGAGGGUCUCGUAGAGAACCCAGCAUUAAUCAUUUUGUCAAGAAAGUUUGGUUCUUCCUUCAUCCCAGCUAUAAACCAAAUGACCUUGUGGAAGUGAGAGAGCCUCCUUUUCACCUGACCAGAAGAGGCUGGGGUGAGUUUCCCGUCAGAGUUCAAGUUCACUUUAAGGACAGCCAGAACAAGCGGAUAGAUAUCAUACAUAAUCUGAAGGUAGUGGAUGUGGAACUCCAUCGCCAUUCUCUUGGGGAAGACUACAUUUAUCCUCAGCCCUCUGAGUCAGAUGAUGCCCCUCCAUCUUUGCCUUUGACCAUUCCAGCCCCAGUGAACGCUUCUUCACCAAUAAAGCAGUCACAUGAGCCAGUACCUGAUGCCUCUGUGGACAAAGGAUUUCCAGCUAGCACUGAAGCUGAGCGACACACUACAUUUUAUUCUUUGCCGUCUUCAUUGGAAAGAACACCCACCAAAAUGACAACAUCCCAGAAAGUUACCUUUUGUUCUCAUGGUAAUUCGGCUUUCCAGCCAAUAGCGUCAAGCUGCAAAAUUGUGCCACAAAGUCAGGUUCCUAACCCUGAAUCACCUGGAAAAUCCUUCCAGCCCAUCACCAUGAGCUGCAAGAUUGUGUCAGGUUCCCCAAUAUCAACUCCAAGCCCAUCACCAUUGCCUCGAACCCCAACUUCCACUCCAGUCCAUGUGAAGCAAGGCUCUGCCUGCUCUGUUAUUAAUAAUCCUUAUGUUAUCAUGGACAAGCCUGGGCAGGUUAUUGGAACUACCACUCCCAGUACAGGAAGUCCAACAAACAAGCUCUCCACGGCUCAGGUCUCCCAAGGAACAGGUUCUCCUAUUCCCAAAAUUCAUGGAAGUAGUUUUGUAACAUCUAAUGUCAAGCAGGAGGAUUCUUUGUUUGCGUCUAUGCCACCUCUUUGCCCAAUUGGGAGUCACCCGAAGGUUCAAAGCCCCAAACCUGUAACUGGGGGACUUGGAGCUUUCACAAAAGUAAUCAUCAAACAGGAACCUGGUGAAGCCCCUCACGUGCCCACCACAGGAGCUGCCAGCCAGUCACCACUUCCUCAGUAUGUGACUGUGAAAGGGGGUCAUAUGAUAGCUGUGUCUCCUCAAAAACAGGUCAUAACUGCUGGAGAAGGGACUACCCAGUCACCAAAGAUUCAGCCCUCCAAGGUUGUUGGGGUGCCAGUUGGGUCUGCUUUACCUUCAACAGUGAAACAGGCUGUGGCAAUCAGUGGUGGCCAAAUCCUUGUAGCCAAGGCCAGCUCUUCUGUUGCCAAAGCAGUUGGUCCAAAGCAAGUUGUGACCCAAGGAGUUGCCAAAGCAAUUGUGAGUGGAGGUGGAGGAACCAUUGUAGCCCAGCCGGUGCAGGCCUUAACCAAGGCUCAGGUCACUGCUGCUGGUCCUCAGAAGAGUGGAUCCCAGGGUUCAGUAAUGGCAACGCUGCAGCUCCCAGCCACUAAUUUGGCCAACUUGGCAAAUUUGCCUCCUGGCACUAAACUCUACCUUACCACAAACAGCAAGAAUCCUUCAGGAAAAGGAAAACUGCUGCUGAUCCCUCAAGGAGCCAUCCUGCGAGCUACCAACAAUGCUAAUCUCCAGUCCGGCUCAGCUGCCAGUGGUAGUAGUGGUACAGGAGGAGGAGGAGGAGGCAGUGGCAGUGGCAGUGGUGGAGGUGGCAGCGGAGGAGGAGGAGGAACAGGAGGAGCACAAAGUACCACUGGCCCUGGAGGGAUAUCCCAGCACCUGACGUACACAUCUUAUAUCCUCAAGCAAACUCCCCAGGGCACAUUUUUAGUUGGCCAGCCAUCACCGCAGACUUCUGGAAAGCAACUGACUACUGGGUCAGUGGUCCAAGGAACCCUGGGAGUCAGCACAUCUUCUGCACAAGGACAACAAACACUAAAAGUCAUCUCUGGACAGAAAACCACUUUGUUUACACAGGCAGCCCAUGGAGGACAGGCAUCUCUAAUGAAAAUAUCUGAUAGCUCCUUGAAGUCUGUGCCAGCCACCUCACAACUCUCAAAACCUGGAACCACAAUGCUGAGAGUAGCAGGAGGGGUCAUCACAACUGCCACUUCCCCAGCUGUGGCCCUGUCAGCAAAUGGUUCUGUACAACAGUCUGAAGGAACAGCUCCCAGUUCAUCAUCUGCUGUCAGUUCUGUAAUGAAAACUUCUGGGCAGCAGCAAGUGUGCGUGAGCCAGGCCACCAUGGGAACCUGCAAGGCUGCCACCCCUGCUGUCGUCAGUGCCACAUCCCUGGUGUCCACACCUAACCCCAUCUCUGGGAAAGCUACAGUAUCAGGAUUAUUAAAAAUUCACUCCAGUCAAUCCAAUCCCCAGCAAGCUGUGCUAACAAUUCCCAGCCAGCUCAAACCACUCAGCGUAAACACAUCUGGAGGUGUGCAGACUAUACUGAUGCCUGUGAAUAAAGUGGUUCAGUCAUUUUCUACCAACAAACCACCUACCAUUGUGCCUGUAGCCACCCCAACUCCAGUUGUCCCCAGCUCUGCUCCAGCAGCUGUUGCAAAAGUGAAGACUGAACCAGAAACACCGGGGCCAAGCUGCCUCUCCCAGGAGGGUCAGACAGCAGUGAAAACAGAAGAAAGUUCUGAGCUGGGAAACUAUGUCAUUAAGAUAGAUCAUUUAGAGACUAUCCAGCAACUCUUAACAGCAGUAGUAAAGAAGAUUCCAUUAAUCACUGCAAAAAGUGAAGAUGCCAGCUGCUUUUCUGCAAAGUCUGUGGAGCAGUAUUACGGCUGGAACAUUGGGAAGAGGAGAGCCGCUGAGUGGCAAAGAGCGAUGACAAUGCGAAAAGUCUUACAAGAAAUACUGGAGAAGAAUCCAAGAUUUCACCACCUGACCCCUCUUAAAACCAAGCACAUUGCUCACUGGUGUCGCUGCCAUGGCUACACCCCACCAGAUCCUGAGAGCUUGAGGAAUGACGGGGACUCCAUUGAGGAUGUGCUGACCCAGAUCGACAGCGAGCCAGAGUGUCCGUCAUCAUUCUCCUCUGCUGACAACCUCUGCCAGAAACUGGAGGACCUGCAGCAGUUCCAGAAAAGAGAACCAGAGAAUGAGGAGGAGGUGGACAUCCUCAGCCUCUCAGAGCCAUUAAAGAUAAACAUCAAAAAAGAGCAGGAAGAGAAAGAAGAAAUGAAAUUCUACCUGCCACCAACCCCAGGGUCUGAAUUUAUUGGUGAUGUCACACAGAAGAUUGGGAUCACCCUGCAGCCGGUGGCACUACACGGGAACUUGUAUGCAUCAGUGGUAGAGGACAUGAUCCUAAAGGCUACAGAACAGCUGGUGAAUGAUAUCCUGAGACAGGCUUUGGCGGUUGGAUACCAGACAGCAUCUCACAACAGGGUUCCCAAAGAAAUUACAGUGAGUAAUAUCCACCAGGCCAUUUGCAACAUUCCUUUCCUGGACUUCCUCACAAACAAACACAUGGGGAUAUUGAAUGAGGACCAGUGAACAGAACGAAGAUGCCCCUAGAAAAUCAGGAUGUGAAGGCAUAUCCAAAGCAGGUGAACCGUGAUGACUCUUCUCUUUGGGGAAGGCAGUUGUUUUCUUUGUGCCUCAGGAUAUCAUGGCUACCAGACCAUUGCCUCUGCCUCUGCCUAACACCAGAGUGUUCGGUUCCAGAUGAAAUCCUUUUAGGACAGAAGUUUGUUUCCUGAUUCCAGAGUGAAGCUGUAAGUGGAUACAUGCUCUGUCAAUUUACAUUUCUUCCCUCUCUGUAAAGGCUCUGUAAGGGGGUCUCAACACUGGGCCAGGCUGUGCAUAUUGUGUCCUUCUCUCCUCUGAGUGUACUCAAGGGGGAACAUUGGGCCUCACUCGCCAGGAAGUAGACAGUGAGUCUGGCAGGCUAGAGAUUUUACCCAUUCAGUGGGCUGGGGUAACGGGAAACUCCAGCAGUUACCCUGAAGAGGGACUGGACUUUCAGCACUCAGCGAGCGGUUCUUUGCUCCUGCCUGGCCUUGGUGUGGAGGAUCUGCACUCUUAACAAAGUGAGUCAGCUACAGGAAGAGGUAAUGCCAUGCAAGGAACCACAAAGGCCUGGGAAGCUGCAAACUGAGCAGCAUUCAUUUUUCGUGGAGCAGAGGAGCAUUACUGCAACCAGUGUCGAAGCAACCUCGGGAUGGAGAGAUCCCAGCGUAGGUCAGGAAAAGAUUUGACUAUAACCCAAGAAACUCUUAAUACUAGUAAUAGGCAACAACCACAAGUCCCCGACACUUGGCAGAAUUGUACCAGCUUUACUUGUGUGUGCCGAGCAGAUAGCUGGUUCUGCACCAUUUGCAUGGUCUGCAGGAGAUUUGGCUGAAUCCGUGUUGAGUGGGAGCAGCCCCUGGGCAGGCUCUGCUGGGAUCCUUUGUCCUAUCAGUGGAUUUAGAAUUCUGUUCUUUGUUGAGUUUUUCCCAAGAAGAAAAGUGUUUAAAAGAAACACCUGUGAGUGCCUUAAAGUUGGAGCAAUUACUGUUCAAGCCCAGAGACAGGGAUUCCAGUGCUCAGAAGCAGUGAGAGUAGGUGGCAUCCAUAGCAAAGCCCCCUUGAUGGAGGGAGCAGACAGAAGAAAGGUUCUCAGUGCCACUGCAUGGUGUCCAGUCUACUGAAGCUGCCCUAUCCCAGGCUUCCCAACGUGGUCUGUGUGGAAGGUACAAUGAAGAACUUACUCUGUUAGAAAUCUGCUCUUACUCUGCUCAAAGAAAAUUUGAAAGCUGUGAGUCAGAGUCAAAGAAUCUUGUCCAAGCAACAUAAUUCUUGUUUUAUGGGUCCUAUAGAUGUUUGAGUCAGGAAAGUAAGGCAGUGGAGGUAACAGGAUAAAAUCUACCUUUUUAAUUUAGCAUCUGAGGGCUAUAAGUGCAGAAGGAUUCUAUUCUCAGUAGGGCAUAGGGCAUGCCCUGGCUUAAUAAAAUAGUUUUAGGAUAUAAG